CUUCCUGCGCAACUUGCAAGCACAUUAAGUAAAAUGGUGGGAUGAUGAGUGAGGCUUGAACGAGGAAGUCGGGUUCGUGAAUUCGCAGAGUGUUGGGGGAGUAGAAUCUGCUGCUGGUGACAACGUUCCUUUGUUGCAAAGUUGGGGGAAGUGGGUUGCUGGAUGCUACAGAGAAGCGCAAUUCUGGAGAAGCUGUGAACCCCUCAUUGAGCGCAGUUAUAGUUCCCAAAGGACAUAUAAUUGGGAGAAUUGAACGAGACAGAAAUGCUGUCGCGGCAGGAAAUGGGCUUCGGAGCAGAGCCCAGGGGGAUGCGUUUCUCCGCUGGUCGCUUUUACGCGAAUAAAGCUCACUGUGGGGUGCAUGGCUUCGGUGUGACAUAUGGCAGGAGUAUGGAGAUAACAUUUGGCAGAAAGCUGAGAAUCGGCGAACGAUCACAAAAGGGAUGAGUCCGCCAGCCAGGUGGAAAGGUCGGUCUCGUGAUCUGGGUGGAACACUCUGACAAGGAUUCCUCGCAACUCAGGAUUGCAACACAAAGAGGCCCUGUUUUAGUUCCGAUUCUGCUCAUACAGGACGCUGUUAUUGUUGUUGUUGUUAUUAUUGUUCCUCCUUCUUUGUUGUUCAUUCGCCAUUUCAUCCAUUAUGGCUCUGCAAUCGCACCAGCGUGAACAGAGUUUCGCCCCUGGCUAUGAGCCAUCUGCUCCGCCAUUGCAUUCUGCGAGCUCGCCCUACUCUGACCCCGAGUAUGCACGCUAUGCGCCCCCUCCCCCUUCCCGGUCCUCGCAUUCUGGCGCUUCCCGCCCUCCCCUCGAUCAAUCCCUCGGCGCCCAUGUUAUGCAAAUCGCUUCUGGCAUGGUUCAGGGCGCUUGGAAGCAUUCGAACACCAUUCUCCGCAUUGAUUUGCGUCAGGCUGUGAGUUAUCGUCCUCCUACGAGACGCCGCCGGGCGGUUCGCCGUGAUCUGCUUCGCUCACCUGCACUUCCCGGCGCUUCUGUUUCCUCAGGUGGUCCCCUAUAUGGCGGGGAGGGCAAUGGCUAUGGGUAUGAUGCCGCAGUGGACGACGAAUAUGUGGCCAAGGAUGAAUCCCUGUUUGGCAGCAUUCGCGGCGGAGGAGCUCGUGUAAAGCUCAUGCAGGUUUGGGACUUCCCGCACAGGGAGGAAGGGGAAGAGAAAACCCCGUGGGAUGUCAACUUUGGGUUCGGCGCCAAUGUGGUGAUGGACCAAGGUCGAGUUGAACCCAAGUUCCGGCUACGAGCGCAGCACGUCGCGUUACACCUACUUCCGGAGCCGGCCUUAGAAAUGAGGGGGAAAUGGCCUCUCGGUGACACCAAUCUUGCGGUCUAUGCACGAUACAGAGUGCCAAUUUCAGGACUGGGGAGAUUUUGGGAAUCGACCGAGGCUCGUUUGAUGAUCAACCUCUAUCAUCCUCAUGGAACAGGCGUGCAUCUCACCCCUCAAGGGGUGCAAUUUGAUGACCACGUCUUUCACAUAGCACAGUUCACUACAAUGAGAGUGGCGGCCGCUGUGGAUUUCCCCCACAGUUUCCCAUUGCAAGAAGGGGAACAGCCUUUUGGAUUAAGACUAACGCGUCUUGGCUUGAAGUCGGUAAUAUUUUAGGACAAAGAAUGAAGAAGUUUUAAAUCAUGGGCAGUAAUUCAAUUGUAUCACAUUAGUGGAGAGGUACUGGGUCAAUUGUUGUACUCGGUGGUAUUCUAACAAAAGCCAAAAACUUUGUAAAUAUAGAAGAUAUUUCACUCCUGUGUAGUCGUCUUGCUUUGAGGAGCUGAACGGAUAGCUCUCAUUUCAUGUGCUGUACAACAUCAAUCGAGAAUUUUGACGUCUCUGGAUAAUUGUUUUGGGCA